UCAUGAUGUUAUAUCACAGGUGCGCCUGACUGAGAUGUCGCCAUGAUGCUAUAUCACAGGUGCCCCUGACUGAGGUGUCGUCAUGAUGUUAUGUCACAGGUGCCCCUGACUGAGAUGUCAUGAUGUUAUAUCACAGCUGCCCCUGACUCAGGUGUCGUCAUGAUGUUAUAUUACAGGUGCCCCUGACUGAGGUGUCGUCAUGAUGUUAUAUCACAGGUGCCCCAGACUCAGGUGUCGCCAUGGUGUUACAACACAUGCACACGAUGACUAUCAGAGAAUGAGGUGUUUGGCAACACGACAGUUAAAAAUAUAUAGCAUCCAAAAUCACUUUCUUUUAAACACUUGUCAAUUCCCCAUUGUUAUUUGACAAUAGUAGGCAGCAAAUGACGUCGAAUGUAAAAUGCAUUAAAUAUUCAACAGUGUUCUUCAAGAGUAUAAAGUGUGCGUACUUCACAUCAGUGGUUUGGUUUCAUUCCAAUCAAAAUCAUUGCCUAUAGAUCAAGCAGCUACACAGAAAUCAUGGAGUUGUUGGUUCUGAUGAUUUAUCUGAUGAUGGUUGAAUAUUUCUAUGUGAUAAAUGCUUGUGGUGGAACAUGGGCGUCUUUCCGAGGCACCAUGACGUCUCCGGGGUACCCGUACGCCUACCCCAGCGGCCCGACAUGCUGGUACUACGUGACACCGCCCUCUACCGGACAGAAGAUUCAACUAAAGUACGACCUCAUGGUUAUCUCCUACUAUGAUACGUUGGAGGUUAAGAACUCAUCCCAAGUCGUGGUAUCGAGGCAAACAGGAAAACGAGGUUACAGCGUGGAUCCUGCGUCGACCAGUUACGUGGCCAGCUUAACCAGAAAAAGCCCAUAUGUCCACACUGGAUUCAAGGCAUCGUGGGUCGAAUGCGGUGGGGACUGGACGAGCGACUCUGGUACAUUUAGCUCACCUUACUACCCCAAUCACUACCACAAACUGGCUCACUGCAUCUACACGAUCACCCCGACCAGUGGCAGCGUUAUCCUGCUGACUAUCAACACCCUCAGCUUGGCUGACAACGACGUGAUAAAGGUAACGGAUGGUGAUGGAAAGUCUUUGGCCAAUCUGACAGUAAGUGCAGCGUUCCAUCAGUUCGGACCAUCCUCCUCCUUCAGGGCAGAAUUCAAGGCGGAUUAUGGCGCCACGAGCACAGGGUUCCAUGCAACAUGGCAAACAAUGCCCCCUAGCAUCAAGUACGACCUCGCUCUCCACACGUCUGGCUGCGCAGUGGGCAUGAAGUUCUCCGAAGUCUCCACGGCCGGGCUGAAGGGACGCUCGGUUUCCAUUCAGAAGGUGUCGGCAAGUGUCGAGUGUCUGUACGCGUGUCUCGUGUCACCCGAGUGCUCUCACUAUUCCUUUUCUGGGGACAUGUGUACUCUUUUAAUGCUUGACGGCACCGGGUAUCCUCUCCCACCAACAGUCAUGAAAAAAGUUAUGAAGGUGCUGUUCAUGUAUAAGAAAACAGGAACAGUGACAUUGUAAAUAUCUAUUGAGCAAGCAAGUAUAUUGUUUUCUUGUAUACCUGGAAAACUGAUAGCUAAUAACAUUGGUUUGGGUUUAGUUUUCGACAAACGCUGCAUUAUGUCACACAACGUGUGUUUCGUGUCUAGUCAACUUGCUGUUCAAAUCCAUUAUUUAUGAAAACAGCACAGAAACGGUAGCCAAUAAGGAAGACAUAUAGUUGAUAUUAUUUCCCUUUUCAGGUUGAGUGAGUGAGUGAGUGGUUUUAUGCCGCUUUUAGCAAUAUUCCAGAAAUAUCACGGCGGGGGGUUACCAGGAAUUGGCUUCACACAUUGUACCCAUGUGGGGAAUCGAACCCGGGCCUCCGGCGUUACCAACGCUUUAACCAUUAGGCUACCACACCGCCCCAUUUCAGGUUGAAGUUACAGCCCUUUCAGUAUUAAUGCCGCGACAUUGGCUUUAAGCGAGGUGACUACUUACAAACAGCUGUAGGCUGAUGUGAUUGCAUAUUCAACCAUACAGUCGCUUUAAGUGUAGUGGCCCUUCAUUAGUGUCGCCAAUAGGUUGAAGUUGUGGUGACUGUACUUCGUACCCCCAACAGCUUACGUAUAUACCUGUAUAUAUUGACACAAAGGGGGAUAGGUAAAUCACUACACUGUAAUUGUGUGUGAGUUCGCAGUAAUGAAACGAGGAUAAUGUAUUAGAUCUGGAGAAGUCAUCUCCAUUUUACAUUGACUAUUCUUGUGUCAUGAUAAUUGGUAUUCCCCGCGGUUAACAAUGCACUUGGUGUUCAAGAUUCGUGAUUGCAAACUUUUCACAUUGAGAAUGUAUACUGUUAUUUGUCACCAUUUGUUUGGAGAAUACAGUACAUGCACUACACGGCAUUGA